ACCAUCGGUCGUGAUGGUCAAUUGUAAAUCAUUCGUAAACCGACUAACAAGAACGUUCGAAGAAAUGGAAAUUGAGAACGCUACGCUCGAAGCGGAAGAAAAAAUUCCAACUGAAGGAACGAAAGAAGAAAAGGAAAUAAAUCCACCACAGGAGGGAACAGCAGAGGUCUCUUCUGAAAUGGCAAAAAUGAAAAAAUUAUUAAAAUACUUAAUAUAUUCCCGUGGUGGUGGCGGCAGACGCGGGCGUGGUGGUGCCGGCAGAGGCGGCCGUGGUGGCGGCGGCGGAGCCGGGCGUGGUGGUCGCGGCAGAGGUCGCGGCUCGUUAAAAUACCACGUUCAUAUACAUAUGAAAUAA